AUGGAGCUUGUUGUAAAAGCGAAUGAUGUAUACAUGUUAAUUAAAAUAGGUAAUUUACUAGACAUAAAUGCCAUUAGUCAUGUAAAGCUGGCUAUUAAAAGUAUUAUACUAGAACUAUUUGGUUUGGUCAUGUUACUGAAGGUGCACUAUAAGAUAUUGAAGGUCAUCCAUAAUACGCAGUUAUUCAUUUUGAAAACGGAUAUAAGGUGGGAAGAAUACACUGAGAAUAUUUUCGCGUUCAGAUUUUUGAACUUGCUCCUUUACGUCAUGCAGCCAAGCCAAACGAAGAAAUAUGAGUUUUCCCUUAAAGUUUUGAAAAUUUCCAAUUUUUUGGCAAAUUUAACUUAUUCAUCGAAUAGUAGCUUACAAUUUUGA